UUGAAAUAUUAUUCACUGACCUUGAAUGGUAACACGCACCAAUCCUGGGUUUUUCUUUAAUGAUAUAAUUAAUUAUACAAUCGUAUAUAAAUAAAUAUUAUUGAUCAAUCAGUAAUAAUAUUACUUUAUACUUUAUAAAUAUGCGCCUAUUUCUUAUUUUAUAUCUAAGCUUCAUUAUCAGUUUUAUAAAUUGUAAUAAUGAAGAAGAUGAAUCAGAUUUAUCGAUCAUUACUGAAGAAUUAAUGAAUGCUGGUUUCGAUUAUGCUAAUCUAUUACAUAAAUGGUUUGAAAAAAAUAUUGGAAAAAAUGAAAUUAAAAUAAUUAAACAAAAUAUAGCGAAAUUUGGAAAAUUAGCAUUAAAUUUUAUUGAUUCAAGUAAGUAGUUAUGAUAAUGAGUCAAUCAAUAAUCGUGAUCAAUAAUUUGUUGUUUUUUUUUUGUUUUUUUUUCUUAAUUGUAGCUAUACAAAACUUAAUUAAAGAUGAUGAUGAUGAUGAUAAUAAUAAUGAGGAUUAUGAUCAUGAUCACGAAUAUAAUGACUCACAAUUAAAACAUAAUGAAUUAUAAAAUCAAUAAUUUUGUACUGUAUAUAUAUAUACAUAUACGUUAUUUUGUAAAAUAGAUUGUUUCUUUGAUUGAAUUAAAAAUAAACUCUAUGGAU